CAAGCGCAUCAAGCUCUUUCUCGAAAGGAGCAUUGAGCGACUACCUUUUGACAUCACUCAAAAGGCUGAAGAGAUCUAUCUUCCGAGAUGGCGAUCCCACGGAAAAGCUGAAACGGAAAGUCAAAGUCAUUACAGAGAUUGCAGGAGAUAAGUACGAUAGGUUCACAGAUAAAGUCGUAACAAAGGAUGAUAUACAUCCGGAUAAGCAGCCUUCUAUCAUAACCACGGCAGAACAAGGAACCACGACAGAACAAAAUGCUGAGCCGGAUCCAGGAAUGGUAGGAGCCUCUUCAACGUCGUCAGCCGUAGCAGUACGUGCGACUUCACCACAAGGAAUAUACGCAAAACUUUGGCAUGCACAAAGUGAAAUAGGACUUGCCUUGGAUGUUCUCAACAUUAUUAUCUCUUCUUAUCAAAUAAACCCUGGAACUACAGGAGGUAUUGGAAGUACCAAUAAUGGAGCCAUGCCAAACUCUGCACUUCCCCCAGGAUCACUGAAAUGCGACUAUGUACCCCGAGCGCCUCUGUCAUUGCAAACUAUGAUUUCAAAUGAAAAAAUGGCAUUGGGUAGCAAGAAACACCAACUACGCAGUGCCGCUGCUAUUUUGAUGCAAGGCGCUCAAAAGUUAAAGAAAGUCAUGGCAGAUGAGAGUCAGUUUUGGGGCGGAGCCCUUCGGCUACGGAAAAAUAACUGGUGUAUUGUUUCUGCUAAGACUGGGCACCACUCGACCAAUCGAAUUACAGGAGGAUCGCAGCUUUAUGUUCAUUAUGGAUUUCAAGACGUUGGAUCGCUCUUCGGUAGUCGAUCUUAUGCAGAGCUAGUUCGUAAUCAAUCAUUUUCGGGACCAAAAAAGGCAACAAGUAUCGAACUCAACUUCCCAAACAAGACCGGAAAGGUUAUCGUUGUGAGCCUCGUACAGCAAGGUGCUUCACAUACCUUCAAGAUGCCAACGUCUAGAACCAAGAGCACUCUACAUAAUCAACUCUUGGAUGCUCAAAACACGCUCUUCGAUGGCGAAUUAUAUCACGAGUUGACAAACGAGGCACGCUCAAUGAACAACAGUGUAUCCAUUGUAGACAAUGAAAUAUUUAUGCCUAUUAGUGACGAAUUAGAGCUCAAAAUUGCUUACAGGAUGCCUACGUCAGAAAACAUUCCGAAUCUCUCAUUAUCUUCGUCUGAGGAUAUGGUGAUGGGAGAAAGUCAUGAUGGCAUAGAAAAUCCUAACAUGACAAAUAGUCUUAAUCGUACAGCGAAUAUACUACGAUGCGCUAUGCAGCUGAUGCAACACCGACGAUAUCGACAAAAUAUCAAGGAGCGGACAGACAGUUUUUUUAAGAGCUCUCGUCCAGGUGGGGGGAGAACUGCAGGCUCAUUUGGACAUAUACAACAGACACUUCAACAGCGCCCUACAGCUGUACUUAGUAUGACUCUCCAAGCACUGCAAUACUAUUCUUUUUCAAAACGGAUCCGGGACGUGAUUGGCAGAGCCACUAGAAAUAUAAAGCAAAACUGGUGGGAGCCUGUUGAUGUGUACUCGAUCGAUGUUAAAGCAUCAACUCCAAUACAAAGCAAUUCAGAAUUAUUGAUUCCAGGGACAUCUAACUUUUCAUCGCGGGGAACGACAACCAACCAUGGCAUGGGAUCUGUAGUUUCGAUCAAUCUUGGCGAUAAAGCGCCUGCGGUACGGUUCGUCAUACGGUCUCAUCCUGCACCUUGCGUCAUCCUCCAGCUGACAGAUCGACCUUCAGCACCAAUUAUGCAUGUCACAGAGUUUGAGAGAGUGCUAGAGCAAGAAUUGACCACGCGUGCAAUUGGGCGUAUUUGCGAGAUUCUCAAUUCGAUUAAAUCUUGGAACGACUCCUUGCCGACACUGCAGAGCCCCAAGUUUGUGAUCGACAUUGACAAACGCUGCGUUGGUGUAUUUCAUAUGUUGCGAAGAGAUAACUCAACUGCUCUUAGUACAUCCACAGUAAUACUUCAACUUGAUAUUAGCGCAGAGAGAGCCAUAAGUAUCUCUAUUAAUACUAAGCAUGGUAGCAUUAAUCGAUACAAAAUUGUUUACUUGGAGGAUCAGCAACUUCAACUACCUCAGAGUGAAGAUGCAGGCACAAACAAUUCCCAUCCAUAUGACACAGCGAAUUCCUCUAUGACUCUGCAUCAGACUGCAGGAAGGACAAUGGAGGGCUUUAGAGAGUGGCUAAGACAGAGCAUCAUCGCAGAGCUUUAACUUACAAAAUACACUAUGUAAUAACGGACUUUGCGGCUUGGCAGUAUAGUCUGCCAUACUUGCAAACACAAUUGAUCAGCAAUCUGAAGCAAUCAUGUGUGUGUGUG